AUGCACCCCGCAAUCAAAUCCUCCAUACAAACAUUCAAAAAGUAUCUCACGUUCAUAGGACCAGGUUUGGUGGUUUCAGUUUCCUACUUGGAUCCGGGCAACUACUCCACCUCAACUUCUGGUGGAUCAAUGUACCAAUAUAAACUAUGUUUUAUCAUUUUCAUGUCAAACAUAUUUGCAGUCAUUUUGCAAACACUAUGCGUAAAGUUGGGGACCAUAACUGGGCUCGAUCUAGCUGAAAUGUGUCGUUUGAACUUGACUCCCAAAUGGAACUUGUUUAUGUAUUUGUGUGCUGAAAUUGCCAUCAUUGCUACAGAUUUAGCUGAAGUGGUUGGAACGGCAAUUUCCUUGGAGAUAUUAUUCGGUAUACCCUUGCUUUAUGGUGUUCUUAUAACAGUUCUCGAUGUAUUGAUAAUCUUGAUGGCAUACCACAAAGACGGAUCAUUGAAGCAGACCAAAGUGUUUGAGAUCUUGGUAUCUAUCUUGGUCAUGGCCACGUGUAUUUGCUUUAUUUUGGAGUUGUUCAAGUGUCCUUUUGAGCCUGGUGCGGGAUGGGAAAUCUUUAAAGGAUUUCUCCCUGUGAAUAAGGAAAUAUUCAAGGAAAAGAAUGCGUUGUUUUUAAGCUGUGGGAUUGUGGGGAGUACAGUGAUGCCACACUCCUUGUUUCUUGGAUCUGCUUUGGUUCAACCAAGAUUGAAAGAUUUCGACGAAAAAAAUGGAAUGAAAGAAGAGGUUAUCAUCGAUUCAGAUAAUGAGCAGGCAAUUGUUAUAUCUUCAAACACAAAUAUGACUGAAACAUCUUCGGAUUCACCAGCCACGCCAAUGUCAAGAUUGAGAAGCUUGUCCAAUGGAUCUAUGCUUGUGAGAAAAUACAAGCCCUCAUACGAAGCGAUAAAGUAUUGUUUGAACUAUUCGUACGUCGAGUUAGUAUUAUCCUUGUUCAUUGUCGCGGUAUUUGUCAACUCUGCCAUAUUGAUUGUGGCUGGAGCUACACUCUAUGGCAAGCCCGAUGCUGCUGAUGCCGACUUGUUAUCUAUAUACGAAAUGUUGUCCCGCUAUAUUUCGCCAGCUGCUGGGUUGUUGUUUGCAUUGAGCAUGUUGUUUUCAGGCCAGAGUGCCGGGAUUGUAUGUACUAUGGCUGGCCAAAUAGUUUCUGAAGGGUUCAUAAACUGGACGAUUGCUCCAUGGAAAAGAAGAAUUAUGACAAGAGUCAUUGCAAUUGUGCCAGUAAUCAUAGUUAUUGGCAUUCUUGGUCGUGAAGGUGUCAACAAAGUAAUGAAUUCCUCGCAAGUUGUGCUCAGUUUUAUCUUGCCAAUAGUUAGUGCACCAUUGAUUUAUUUCACUGGUAAAAAAAAAUUCAUGGUGGUUUACAAAACCAGUGGCUCGUCUGAUGAAACAAGUCCACUACUCUUGUCUGGUGAAGAGAGCAAUGUUGCAUCCAAGCCAAUCACGUACGAAAAUGGCAAAUUUUUGCAAAUAACGAGUAUCCUCACAUGGAUUAUUAUUACAGCUCUAAACAUCUACUUAAUUAUUGCAUUCGCUAAUGGUGCAGACAUAUAG